UCGAAACCAUUUCGCUUCCUCGUCGGCCCAAAAGAACGCGAGUCUACCGUCCACUCUGCCCUUGUCGAGGAUCAAUCGGCUGCGCUCGACAAGCUCAUCAACAACGACAAAUUCAGGGAGGCAACUGACGGCUACGCUACAUUGCCGAAAGUUAACGAGGAAACCUUCGUCUGCUUCGUUCAGUUUGCGUACACUGGGAACUACGAGCAUUCUGCGCGUUGGAUUCUGUAUUCCACGCCACCAAGAUCGAGGGCGGUACUCGAGUGGGACUCAGACUCAGACUCAGCGCGUUCUUCCAAGGAUGGAUUUUGGACAAAGUUCAUCCGUCUAGCUAACCGCCUCCAAAAGCGCGGGGUCUAUCAUUCCGGAGAUACAUUGAGUUGCAACGUCAAGGUCGUGCUCCAGCACGCAAGGCUGUACGUCUUGGCUGACCAUUAUAACGUCUCCAAUCUCGUGGACCUGACCAUAAACCACCUAGGGCAAGCCCUAAUUGUGUUCAGUUUUUGUGAUGAGGAGACUGGGAUCAUCGCGGCAUGGUUGGAAUGUUGCUACGGCGUGUCGGCGUUGGGAUCACUGAAAUCUUUCGUCGUCUUAUACGCGGGUUUCAAGGCGAAGGCUCUUUGGAAGAAUCCGGACUCUCAGGAUCCCGUGGGGAAAAUUGGGAACUAUCGUUUGAUAUUAUCGCAAGGUGAUGGAGACGGUGGAUUGAGGAGCAUCGGCUCAUAG